AAACUUUAUAUACCAGAGAACUGUAGAUAGUGGGAACUUAUAAUUAAGUGUGCAUCUGAAAAUGGCCGUAGAACCUGUUUUUAAUCCAAAGGGCGAGGUACAGUUGCAGAGCACAAAGAAUGAUCAGCUGGUUCUUUCCAGAAGAAAAUUGGAUUAUCUUAGAGAUGCCAUGAACUUGGGUACGCUAAUUGUGGAAAAUAUAUGUCUCUUAGUUGCUCCAUACUACUUUACUUGGAACGCGUUUUGGGGGUUCUUGGCAUUGACAUUUUUGACUAAUUAUAUAGGGACAAGUCUUUCUUACCACAGAAACCUUAGUCACAAAAGUUUUAAGCUCCCAAAAUCUCUUGAAUAUUUGUUUGCUUAUUUUGGACUUCAUGCUGCACAGGGUGGAAAACGGAACAAUGUAAUGGAUUUACAAAAUCAAGCUUAUUACAGAUUCCUUCGAACAACAUACCCACUUCAUAUAGUUGGACUUGCACUUGUGUUGUACUUUGCAGGAGGGUUACCGCAUCUUAUUUGGGGAAUGGGUUUUACAUGGGGGAAAAGGCCAUGGAACCCACUUCACAUUCGCGGUGAACUCAGUGUGUCAUACAUGGGGGAAAAGGCCAUGGAAUACUAAAGAUUUAUCCAAGAACAAUUGGGUGGUAAACAUUUUAGGACAUGGAGAAGGUUGACACAACAAUCAUCACGCCUUUGAGUUUUCGGCUUGUUUAGGGCUCGAAUGGUGGCAAGUCGAUGUACCUUGGUACGUUAUAAAGCUACUCGAGCAUUUUGGAUUAGCGACAGAUGUCAAAGUUCCUACCGAGAUUCAGAAACUUAAAAUGUCUUACGUAACUCCCAACGAAUUUCAUCAAAGGGAAAAGGACUGCUAAAUCUAUGGGUACCUUUAGUUAGUGACAUGGGUUUCAUAAUUCACUGCGAUACAGUCUAAAGUACUUGAGGAAAUUUCUCUCUGUCACUUUCACUCGUUAGUAAGCUUAUUACACAAUCAUAAGGCACUCGAGAGAUUGGGUGUAAUGUCCUUGAGUGUACUGGUUAUGCAAUAACUAAAAGUGAAUAUAAUAAGUGUAAUCAUGUAAACUUUUCCUUUGGCCACUGAUAGCAGCAGUUGUUGAAAUUUCAACCACUGGUGGCGGUUGUUUAAAUUUCAAUUUAGUUGGUAUUCAAUAA